CCUUGUCUUGAACGGCGUGGUCGGCUUUUCUUUCUUUCGCCCAGUCUGCUCAUUUCGCAUUUUUCUCCCCUCGUUUUAACGCAAUGUCGAUGGCUAAUCUACAUGCUUUUCAGACUCAAUCGAGAAGAGUGACAAUUCCAAGAGGAGUACGGAAUAAAGGAAAGAGAGCGAUUGAUUGGUAUAGGCAUUGGUGUGCAAACAAACUGUGAAGGACAAAGGGAGGAUGGGAUUGGACGAGAGGAGAACAAUGGAGGAGCUCGCUCAUUGUGGGCAACGACGCGGGCGACAAGUCAGGCGAGGGUACUUGAGCCGAGAUGCCGGUGGUCCGUGCGCAUGUUUGUUCGUGUUUCCAGGGGUUCGGUUUCGGUGGAGUGAAAGUGUGACAAGUACUUCUUUCCGGCCUUACCCCCACCCUCCCAAGCUUGAUCGAAACAUCCCCUAAAGCAAUCCAAGUUUCGACAACACCACAUCUUGUCCUCACCGUCCACAACGACGACAACACUCAUCUCAACAUCCAAAGCAUCAUAUCCUCCACACUUUUCACAUUGACGUCCACGUCGUGCUCGUCAUUCGAACUCAGGUCUCAUAUAUUUUUGAGUCGCGUCGCGCUCGUCGGUUCUCCCCUCCCCAGCACCUCAUCUCUUCCCUGCGCUACCAUCUUUUUUAUCUGCUCUCUUUGCUUCUCUACAGCUGCUCCCCGUCGUUGAUGUGUUGAUUGUCCCGUUUUUGUCCCCGUUUUUGCUCCAAUAGUUCAAAAACCGAUCCUGUCGUCGCCCAUCAUUAUUCUCUCAUCUUCGCCCACCCUGGCUUCCUCGUUCUCUAUCAGCUCUCGUCAGGCUGACGAAGAGUUCAUUAACAAGUCUCUUCUCGACCAAUUGAACGCUUCUGCCGAGGAACCCGUCUCGUCAUCGUCCGACUCUGAAGCACCAACGUCAGCUUCAUACGGUUCCACGUCUAACGACUCUCCAGAAAGCUCACCUCCCUUCAACCACCAUCAUAUUCUUAUGUCGACCCAGCCUCAUAUGUUGCACCGCUCUGGCUCACCGUCCGACAACGCUCAUCUCCCCACUUUUCACCAUAUUCAAUCUCCGGACUCGUCGUACCCUCUCCGUCCCCUGCAAAAUGGUCUGUACUCGCUCAAUGGGUCCAACAACGUCGGGCAUAUGGCGGGUGAAUUUCCCGACCGGAUGAGCGACGUCCACAAGACCAAGUUGGGAGGGCUGAGCAAUUCUGCUCAACGACAGUCAUUUACAGCCAUACCAAAUGCUACCCGUUCUUCCAGAAAUAUAACCACCUCUACCUCUACCAUACCUUCCGGAGGCCAUGCCCUUUUUCGCGACAACCCGACCAGUAAUGGACACCCAGCGUAUUUCCCGUCCAGUGACAUAUACCCUUCGCAUUUGACAUCUCCCACACAAUCUCAGUUGCAACCGUUUGACCCCCGAUCCACCUUUGACUUUGCAGGACCUGGUUCUACCGCCGUUAACGGUGGUGGCCAACAGAAAUCGCCUUAUCCUCUAGAUCCAUAUAUUCCGAAUAAUUCCUUUUCCAUGGGAUCAGGAAAGCCUUUACAAGGUCAACCCCCAGUCAAUCAACCACAGAUGAACGGUUUCAUAGGCAGGAAUGGCCUGCAACUCUCUUCUCAAACACCGUAUGGCCCACAUAUCGCGACCAACAUUGGCGCCAGCAACGGGUCUAUCGGAAAUAGUAAUGGCAUUCCGGGGCCGAAUGCGGUGACUCAGGAAGAAAUUUCAACCAUAUUUGUGGUCGGGUUUCCAGAUGACAUGCAGGAACGAGAAUUCCAGAAUAUGUUUACGUUCUCGACGGGUUUUGAGGCAGCUACGUUGAAGAUUCCCAAUAAGGAAUACACAUCUUAUGGUACUCAGGCUGGGACAGCAACAGGUCCCUCUAAUCUCAGGUCCAACGGUCCUGGUACGUUCGGCUACCAAGGACCCAAUGAUCCAUAUAACCUAGUUACCGUUAAUCAAGGAGGCGUCGUCGUUGAUGGUGGACGAGAUGGAACCAUGACCUCUUGGCCGGCACCUCCGAUCGAUGAUGGCGCAGCUGGAAACAGUCAUUUCUUUGGGGGUGGUGGAGGCGCGAACGGUCCACCAAGGAAACAAAUCAUUGGAUUUGCCAAGUUCAGAACAAGGGAGGAGGCCAUCGUUGCUCGGGAUAUGCUGCAAGGCCGCCGAGUAGAUAUCGAGAAAGGUGCUGUUUUGAAGGCUGAGAUGGCGAAGAAGAACUUGCAUACGAAGCGUGGUGUCGGCCCCGUUGCUGCUGGUGGUAUCAUGAAUGCUGCCAAUGGCCUUGGCCCCUCUCCUGGCAACGGUGCUUUGGCGUCCGCCCAAGGCCUUGGAUUGGCACCUGGUGCUGGCACAAACCUCUCGAUGCUUCAGCAGCCCCAGUUUGGAGGUGGAGAGAUGUAUACCAAUGAGGCUCUCAAUAUUCGGGAUCGGGAGAUGGCCACUAUGAAUGCUAUGGGUCUGACGUCUAAUGUAGCGCAAAGUACAGGAAGACCACCCCAUUGGCAGCAUCAGGAACCACAGAAUUUGUCCACCUGUGUCCCGCGCGACCGAGAAGAAGAGGAUCGACAACGAGAUAUCCUAGGGGCCAUGGGUCUCGCCGGCUCCGCCAGGACGGCCCGCGAUGACGAGGCAGAACGAGACGCUAGAAGAGCCCAACAGAAAGAUGCUCUCAGAUUGAGAUCUGGCUCGGCUUUCGAAGCUUUCCAUUCUGUCCCCUCUCAGCAACCUCCGAGACCCCUGCAGCCGCUUGAUCAAGCCGAUGUCAACUUACCUGGUCCUUGGGAUGGUCUACGACAUGAAGCGCCCAGAGUCAAUACUGCUGGGAUACUGUCGUCAUCUUCCGGUCGCAGUUCACCCUCAGCCGCAACCAUCAACCCGGCGGCCUUACCGUUCCAGGGGGCACCAUCACGUAGGCGCUCCCCCCCGAGUGAUUUUCUGUUCCAGUCGGAGCCGGAGUAUCAUAACGCCAGUCAUGAACAGAAUGCCUGUGUACCGCCUGAUUCCUGUUCAUCUAGUGUAACAGACCAUUCCCGCAGUGGAGCCAGCUCCUCGAGUCGAACGGGUAGUGAUAGCGAGAACGAACUGGUGAAGGCUGUAGGAGAACUCGCAGUGAGCACCGAAAAUGGCAACACUUCGCCUCAACUACCCUCUCCUGCGUCUGGCACCAGUUCUGGAAGUACCAGAAACAGAGUAGAUCAAAAUCCUCCCAUCAAUACGCUGUAUGUCGGUAACUUGCCUACGACCCCCCCUCCGAUGGGAAAUGAUGUACUUGAAGGCAGCCUUCGGGAACUUUUCCGAGUCAGACCAGGCUAUCGCCGGUUAUCUUUCAAACAGAAGACUUCUGGGCCAAUGUGCUUUGUCGAGUUCGAAGACGUUAACGCUGCGUGCAAAACGAUUACUGAGCUUUCUGGACACACGCUGAAUGGCCUUGUCAAGAAUGGGGGUAUCCGUUUAUCUUAUAGCAGAAAUCCUCUUGGUGUUCGUACUCCGACGAGUGCUUCUGCUCCAGGCUCUGUCCUUCAGCAGCAGCAACAGCAGCCGCCUCAAUGCAAUAUAUUUGGGCCUUCCUCAGCUCCCAGUCAGAACGCCCACGCGUAUAUGAUGUCCCCGCCUCCUCCUCGAUUCUCCACCACACCUUCCUCUCCGUAUGGUGGGACAUCGGCUUUUGUAGGUGUUCCUACACCCUACUUUGGUAACAAUGGCGUUGUCAACUUCGGCGGUCAUAGGUUGACAUCAUCCAAUGAGCCCAACCAGUCCGCUUUGAGUGGCUUCUCCCCCUUCGAGCUGGCAAAUGCAGCGCAUUCCACUAUACCCGAACAGAGUACUGAUUCUCGUCGCCUCGAGCAACCUUCCCAUGAUCACAUUCCUCGCCCUCUGUCUCCGCCUUCCCGAACCAUAGAACCCGCUAGGGCUGCCUGA